CUAAUUGAAGAGAGUGAGGGGAGUAAAGAGGAGGAACAUCAUGUCAAAAUUGAGGACAAAAAUCAUUUACAGACUGAUGGUAUUUUGAAAAGGAGAGACAAGAAUCGUUUCACCUGUACUCAGUGUGGGAAGAGUUUUGGAGGAAAUGGCAAUCUUAAGAUUCACAUGAUGAUCCACACCGGAAAGAAACCAUUCACAUGCACUCAGUGUGGGAAGAGUUUCAGCCAAUCAUCACACCUUAAUGACCACAUUAUGAUUCACACCGGAGAGAAACCAUUCACGUGCACUCAGUGUGGGAAGAGUUUCAUCCGGUUAUCAUUGCUUAAUCAACACAUGAUGAUUCACACUGGAGAGAAACCAUACACAUGUACUCAGUGUGGGAAGAGUUUCAGGCAAACAUCAUACCUUAAUGAACACAUGAUGAUCCACACCGGAGAGAAACCAUUCACAUGCACUCAGUGUUGGAAGAGUUUCAGCCGCUCAUCAGACCUUAAUCUACACAUGAGGAUCCACACUGGAGAGAAACCAUUCACAUGCACCCAGUGUGGGAAGAGUUUCAGCUGCUCAUCAUCCCUUAAUAAACACAUGAGGAUUCACACUGGAGAGAAACCAUUCACAUGCACUCAGUGUGGGAAGAGUUUCAGCCAAUCAUCAGACCUUAAUAAACACAUGAUGAUCCACACUGGAGAGAAAUCAUUCACAUGCACUCAGUGUGGAAAGACUUUCAGCCGCUCAUCAAACCUUAAUCAACACAUGAGGAUCCACACUGGAGAGAAACCAUUCACAUGCACUAAGUGUGGGAAGAGUUUCAACUGCUCAUCACACCUUAAUCGACACAUGAGGAAUCACACUGGAGAGAAGCUAUUCACAUGCACUCAGUGUGGGAAGAGUUUCAGACAACCAUCACUCCUUUAUCUACACAUGAUAAGCCACAACAGAGAGAAACCCACAGCUUCGGUGUGGGAUGAGUUUCAGCAACUCCUCAGACCUUAAUAAACACAUGAAGACCCACACUGUAGAUAAACCAUUCACAUGCACUCUGUGUGGGAAGAGUAUCAACCAAUCAGUCAACCCUAAUGAACACAUUAAGUUCCACACUGGUGUGAGAGAGUAUUUGUGCUUUGAGUGUGAGAAGACUUUUAUUACAGCUCUAAAAUUAAAACUGCACCAGACAUUUCACACUGGACAGUAGUGAUGAGAAGUUCAUAUCAUUUUACUUACUGGGAUCUUUGAGUCUCAUUCAUCAAGAUGACAGUAUCUUUUUUCGGAGUCACGUGACGGUAAUGGCGGAGUAGCAGCUCAAGAUUUGGUCUCAAGAUAUAUUAUGUUAAGAGGCUCUCUUUAUGGGCAAGAAAUUUCAGUUUUAAAUUUAUAUUUUCCACCUAUUCAGACCACAGUGUCAGGGUUCUGCCACUUUGGUCUUGUAAAUUCUUGUUUUGGUGGCAGAGCUCUGACGCUACUCCAUGUCUGGUCCUGUUUCU